AUGCUGAGGCCGAGCCCAUCGACAGCACCUACAGGCCUCUGGUUCAGGAGGGUGAUCUGGACCCAGCUCCUCAAAUUUGACAACGAGCUAAGCGUUUCCGUGCAUUAUAAUCAGAUAUCCCCGGACUACUUGAAAGGCCUGCUCAAUGUGGUGCCGCAAGGGAAACUCAGCGAUCAGCAGCUUCAGCAAGUGGCUAAACUGGCAGCGCUUCAACAUCGAGCCAAGGAGUCGGCCUACCUCCCCACUGUCCAUGAGGUACAGGACUACAUCCCCGUGCAGCUGUACACGGAGCAGAGGCCGCAGCAGUGGCUCAACAUCAUCACCCAGCACAUGCAGCAGGUCCAGCCCCUGAGCUCACACCAGGCCAGGGCACAGUUCCUCGGACUGGUGAGUGCAUUCCCGAUGUUCGGUUCCUCGUUCUUCUACAUCCAGAGUAGCAGCAACAGCGUUAUAGACACUCCCUGCAUCCUGGCUGUCAAUGAAAAUGGUCUCAACUUCAUCAACAAGGACACUCAUGAGAUCCUGGUGAAGUUCUCCCUGAAGGAGGUGCAGUCCACUCGAACGCAGCGCCCCACAGCUGGAUCCAGUUACCCGUACGUGGAAAUUAAACUGGGGGACCUGAUGUCUCAGAGGAUCACUCAGCUGCAGCUGGACCAGAGCCUGGAGCUGUGCCGAGUCAUUGCCAUGCAUGUGGAAAACCUGCUCUCUGUGCGGGAGAAGCGCCUGACGCUGCCGCCGAGCGAGAUCACCCUCCUGUGACGCGGCCCCCCACGCGUACGCCCCCGAGUCACACCAGCACACUUGGGACUCUUCAUCCCGGACAGGAAAACGUGUGAAGCCGAGGAGACCUCCUACCCUGAGAGAGAACAUCAUCCUUGUUUAAUCAUUUAUUAUUAACCGGACAAGGUGUAAGGUGCUAGCAGCCCCUGUAUCAUAGGUUAUCAUUUACCUGGUAACACACUGGCAGAUAAAAACUAGAUCAUCUCUUUAAUGUAAGUUGCUUUGGGUAAAGGUGUUCUUAAAAUGAAUAAAUGUAAAUGUUGUAAAAUGUUCAGGUAGCCUGUGGCUCUGAAAUGGACCAACCGUGGUCUGGGUGGCUGAUUCUGUCACAAGCCAGCCCAGAACCCCUGGAGGACAAUCGCAUCUCCUUCUCAAUCAACCCAUCAAUCUGACUCUCAGUUCACCUGAAACUGUAAAUGUUUGUACAUGUUAAACAAGAACUGUGUCUACCUCCAAUCAAACACAUGUUGGAAGCACCUCUUUAGUGUAAAUAAUUGUCAAAGACCAAUAGUACAGGUAGGCUACUACAGGUCUCCAGUGUCUCCUAUGUAGUCUACUCCACAAUGUCUAUGCUACAACGAUACCAAAAUGCCAUAUUUAUGUGUCUUUCAUUGUAUAUGUGCAUACUAGUUUAUACCUACACAAGGAUUAAUGUAUAUGCACUAUGUUUGGAUGUUUAUGUGUACAAAUGUAUAGCAUUGUAAUUUUAUGUGACCAAGAGAAUCAGUCAUUUUAUCAGCAAAUAUAAAUACAUCCAAAAAUGCCUUAUUGCCAGAAUUUAUGAGGUGUGUUUGUGAUUUGAAGGAAGAUUGUCUGCUGCAAUCUCAAGUAAUUUAUUCAUGAAACUUUUUGGCCAUGGGGAGAGGUGUACCAUUUAAUAUAGGUUAAUCCACAAACUUCCCAAACCAUUAAAUGCAUGAUUGUUUUGAAAAGGAA